ACCACGCGGUUCGUAAUAACUUAUUUGUUGUUGCUUAUAUUUAUUCUUGAUAUUAAAAUGAAUAAAAAUGAUUCUCACCAAGAUUUUGAGCAUGAGUUGAAUGCAAACUUUGAUACAUCAACUCCAGUUUCAAAUCCAACUUCAGCUAUGGAAACAAAGCACAUUUUAGCGACAUAUGCUGAUGUUUGUGCCAAAAUAAAAGAACAUGAGUUAUUGCACACUGUUGGUUAUGUUGUAGGUUUUACAAGAAGUAUGGAAAAAAGCUUUGAAGAAAUAUUAAAGGCAAAUCACAGAGUAUUUUUUGAGGAUAAAGACGUUUCUUACACUGGAGUACCAUUCAUUGUUUCAUCAAAUGGUACACUUGACUGUCACCAUGGCAAAGAUAAAAAUAGUAAAGCUAAAGCUCUGUACAAAAUUAAAAAAAAUACAGAAGCAAGUUCAGAUCAUUCUUUCAAAAAAAAAAGAAUGAUUCCACAAAUUACCAAGAAGUUUGAUUGUCCCGCCAAAAUUUUUAUCAAAGAAAUUAUUGAAUUUCCUGAGUUUAAGCUGGAUCGAGAUUCUACCAGGAUCAGGAAAGAAGUUUCAAAAAAAUUACAUUCAGCUUUGAUUUUAAAACAAACAGUUUUAAUGUGCAGAAAAUAUAUUUUGGUAAUUCCUGCAAUAUCUGCUCAUAGUAACCAUCUAAUUGGUGAUGCCUCAGGUCUUAAUCAACCCUUAUGUGAAGAACUUAUUUUAAAAAUUGGUGAGUUGGUCAGAACGGGUGUCAGUUCUGUUACUGAAAUGAGACGUCAUCUGAAGACCUUUCUUCAGAUGGAAUUUAAUUCUAAUAACAUGCUGCAAAAGACAAACAAACGAUUUUUCCCAAGUGAUAAGACCAUUGCAAAUCACAUGUUGAUAGCUAGACGAAAACUUCGCAAGUCCAUGAUAGAUCAAGAAUGUCUUUGGGAAAAAAUAAAUGAUUGGAAAAUUAAUUUUCAAGAUGCAAUGAUAAAAUUUAGACCAAAGGGAGGUAAUUCAGAAGAUAAUGAUCUUAAAAAUUCUUUGUUGUUUGUAUAUCAAGAUAUAUGGCAAAGAAGAUUACUAUUAAGAUAUGGGAAUGAGCUUGCUUUUCUUGAUGCUACAUACCGAACAACCAGAUAUGCACUACCUCUUUUUUUCCUCGUCGUUAAAACUAACAUUAAUUACCAAAUUGUUGCUAUAUUUGUGUGUGAACAUGAAACCACCGAAUCUAUUAAAGAAGCACUUAUGUGCAUCAAAGAAUGGAAUCCUUUAUUUCAACCAAAGUUUUUUAUUACUGAUUAUUCUAAUGAAGAAAUAAAUUCACUUGAAUCUGUGUUUUCAGGUUCUACAGUGUUUAUUUGUGAUUUUCAUCGAGAACAAGCUUGGGAACGAUGGCUUUCUAAAACUGCUAAUGGAUGUUGCAUGGUGAAAGAUGUAGUUAAAGAUAAGCUUCGUGAAAUUGCACAUGCAAAAACAAUUGAGACUUGCCAAAAAGCUGUUGAGGCAUUGGAGGAAUCAAAAGAGUGGCAAAACAACCCAAAACUUGUAGAGUAUUUGAAAAGCACUUGGCUAUGCAUUCAAAAGCGCUGGGUUGUUGCAUAUAGGAAAGAUCGUAUCUUGUUGGAUGUCAACACCAACAAUGGAACUGAAAGACAGAACCUAUCUUUCAAAUACAGUUUUUUAGAAAAAAGAAAGAAUUCUUCUCUAACAACUAUGCUUAGUAUUUGCAUAGAAGAAUUUCUUCCUCACAAAUACGACAAUUAUUGUGAUGAAAAUAGAAGAGCACAUUCCUCACAUAGAAAAUAUGAUGAUAAAGUUCCAGCAUAUUUGAUUGAUCGUCCACCAUCUUUAGUCAAACAUUGUAUGGCAUUGAUUGAUAAAUUACAAGGUGUGGAUUUGCGGGGCAUAACUGCUGUGACAGACAAAUUAUACAAUGUAGCUUCUUUUAAUUCAAAUAGUAGAGAGAUUUACCAAUGCUACCUUGGUGAUUCUGAAUGUCUGCCAGCUUGUUCUUGUCCUAGUUGGUUUCGUACCUCAUAUCCAUGUAAACACUUUCUUGCCAUUUUUCUAAAAGAGAAUCUCUCUUGGUCUGCAUUUGGCACUGCAUAUGCAAAUUCUCCUUAUUUCAAGCUGGAUUUGUUUUUAGAUGAAAAUAGUUUAGCUCAUUCCAAUAAGGUUUCAUUAUAUAAUAUUCAAUAUGAACAUGUUGAACCGCUACACAUAUCCUCUCUUAUUAAACAUAGUGAUAAGGAAGUUCAAAAUUUUAAUUAUGUGCAUGUAAAUAGUAGUCAGAGUUUGAUUGCUAAAAACUACAGUAAUCAUACCUCUGCAAGCUGUCGUGAGCUCUUAAAUGAAAUUAAACAAAUGAGUUACUUAUGUGACUCUCAACAAGCUAUUGAUAAUUUGUUUGAAGGGCUUUGUCAACUUAAAACGCAUUUAGCAGAAAGUCUUCCAGUAGAACAAGGAAUUCUGCUGCGUCCAGAGAUUCAACCUGAUACUUGGAAUAAGUCACACACAAAUUCACCAAAACUUAGUCUUCUCCCUGUGCGGCGUAAAAGAAAAAUGACUAAGCGUGUUGGUGUUAAAUAUGACAAAUAUAAAGCAGCUGCUAAUAUUAGUGUGAUGGCUGAAAAGGAAAGUUAUAGUUCUGAAAUUGUCACAAGUCACUCAAUUGAUGAAAACUAUGAAAUUUUUAUGGUUCCUAAUGAAUCAAUUGAUAUCAUGGAACAUUUAACUGAUGAUAGUAACAACUCUGUUGAUAUGACUGUAAAUGAAGAUGUUAAACAAGAUAGAAUAGUGCUGCAAAUUCAAAGUCUUAAAUCAUCUUUGAUUGGUCAUAAAGAACAAAAUGAUAUCAUAAAAGGACAUAUGCUUAAUGAUAACGUAAUUCACUUUUGUCAGCAACUUAUGGCAAUUCAGUUAAAUAUUGAUGUUGGACUGCAAGAUCCCAUUAAAGGACAAAUUUUAUCUUUUGAUAUCUAUACAAGUACUCCAUUUGUCCAAAUUCUUCAUGAUGGAAAUCUUCACUGGUUAUGUGUAACCACAUAUGACUGUAAACCAGGGGAGAUAUAUGUUUUUGACAGCCUUUUCCACGGUACAAUCAGCUUAGAGACAAAAAGGCAAAUUUGCAAUAUUUUGCAUUGUCAAGAAAAAAAUCUUGUUUUUAAAGUUUUGCCAGUUCAACAGCAAACAAAUGGUGUGGAUUGUGGUAUUUAUGCUAUUGCCUGGGCUCGUCAGAUUCUUGAAACAAAAAGUCUACCAUCAACAAAUCUAAUGUUUGAGGAAAGUGAAAUUAGAAGUCAUCUCCUAAAAUGUAUAUCAAAUAACCAGAUAGAGAUAUUCCCAGCAACUAAAAAUCCUUUUUCCUUUAGAAGAUGUGCUGCUAAGACUUUUCGUGUUCCUCUGCAUUGCUCUUGUCGUAUGUUUUGGGUGCCUGGAGACGAAGACAUAUAUAACAGGCAAAUGGCACAAUGCUGUGCUUGUAGUAGAUGGUUUCAUCGUGAAUGCGAAAAAAUUCCACUAAGUGCCUAUGAGCAGGAAGAUGAAAUUUGGAACUGUAAUGAUUGCCACAACCAGUCAAAUAAAUAAUAAUAAAACAAUAAUACUGUUAUACAGCACAGGUAUAUAAUUUUUAAUAUUACGGACUGUUAAUGUCGAACAGUCAUAAUUACUUGCGUAACAUCCAAAUAUACAAUAUUAAAAAAAAAUGAUUUUAGUUUAGGUUGAUAAUAUUUAAUUUAUGCAGACUAUACUUGAUUUAAUGUAAAACUUUUAUGUUGGGAGGUCAAUAACAUUAACUGACCAUAAACAUUACAUGUAGUAUUAUGUUACUUUAUAUAAAUUUUAUUUUAUUAUAAUGCACGUACUCCACACAACAACCUUGCUUUGCAAAAUGCCUAGAAAAUACAAUUCUUAAAAUGAUUUGCCAUAAAGUAAUACCACUGAUGGCAUUGUACUGAAAUCCAUGCCAAAAUUUUAUAAUAGGUAUCAUUUCAAAAUAGUGGUGGCCUCCAUGUUAGCUUAAUGAUUGGUAUUCUUGCAAAAGAAUUAAACGGCAUGUCAUUAAAAAGAAAAUGAAGAUAUCGAGCACGAUUUCUUUUCGUAAACUUGAGACAUGUAUUUUAUUUACAUAUAAUUAUAAUGUGUGUGUAUAUAUAUAAUGGCGUAGUAAGAAA